AUGGAAAAUCUAAUGAAGAGGCACUACGUUGCCGACCAAACCAAUGAUGUAGUCGAUGUGGCCGAUCCGGACGGAAUAUUAACGUCCCAAAUGGCAGUUGCGGCGCUGUCUGCUCAGAUCUGGGAGGCAAUUAUCUGUUUCGGUGACGAAGUAGAAUAUCUCUGGAGAGGAAAGAUCCGGGCGGUUAAGCUCCUAUACGCCUGCUCGCGCUAUCUUAUGCUCCUAGGACAAGUAGCUAGUGAUAAUAAUAAGAGCGUCAUUAGAGACGUCUGGCACUAUCAUCUUUAUUCGUUCAAUAUGGACUUUGAAAGAAUGCAGGUUAUGCCUUUCUUCAAGUCUGUCUAUAACAAAGCUGACGAUAUAAAUGGUACCAGCGCCGGCGUUGGAACUGCACAGAUUGUGCUCGUCUUAGCCACGAUUGUCCGAUUAACUAGGAGGUACCGAUCAGGACAGUCACCAACACCUCUAUCAACGAUGGUUAUGAAUCAAGGGUUGGCAAUCUUUGUUUUGGUUUUUGCUUCCGUUGCUCACAUGAUGGUCAACAACUUUUUUCGCGAGGUUAACAUGGGAAAUGGGAACUCCACAGCAUCAUGGUACAAUUCGAUCACCUCUAUUGGAGCGUCGAGACUUAUUCUUGAAAUUCGGAAGCUUGCCCGCUCUGACAAUGAGCAUUGUCCGGCCAACAAUCUCGAAGACAGUGAAACGAUCGUCUUAACCGUUAUCAGCGAACCCGAUUUGCAAAUAAAUGAAGGUGUUCCAGACCAUCGGCAGCUGAAGCCCUUCCCACAAACGAUUUACUCUCGUCAACCUUUUUGGAACAUUGGAGACCCUGAAAUCCGAAAGAGGGGGUCAUCAGAAAGCGGCCGUCUCGACGGAAACUGCCGACUAAUAAUACCUCCGACUCAAACUUUCUUCUUGCUGCCUUACAUCCGAAAAAUAGGGACCCGUUACAGUGUUGCUAUAGACCCUCAGAGGAAACCUAGUUGCGUCGAACUCAGGGGGAAGAAAAAGCCCCGGAUAAACUCGCAUAGGGGAGACAAGCUGCUGGUCAUGGUAUACUCGGUUGGUUGGACGAAUGUCAAUCCACAAUUCUGCUCAAAUGAAGCUUUUACGUUGGAUUCAGAAGCAUAA